AUGUUGUUCUGUGCCGGCCUGUUUUGCAUAUGGGAAGAUUGGAACUACUUUACAUCGUUCUACUUUUUUUUCGUGUCGUUGAGCACGAUAGGCCUUGGUGACGUGCUGCCCAGCCACCCAAAGCUGUUGGUGCUGAACUUUGGCUUUGUCAUAAUCGGUCUGUCGUUGGUGAGCAUGACCAUCAAUGUCAUUGAGAAGAAUAUCGAGCGGUUCAUCUUCCGCAUGAAGAAGCGAAUGGUCGAGGAAUACCUGGCAGCGGCUGCUGCCUCGCUAACCUGUGACAAAGACCAGUUGAUCAAGAAAUGCUGGUCAAAGCAGCCGUGGCUGACCAGAUUCUUCAUGCCCCGGUUGUUGACUGACUCGAAAGUAAAGCAGCUGGAUCGGUCGGCUUCGAACACGGUGAAAGACGUGAGCAAAGCGGCUGAGGCGCUGGGCCUCGUUCAGCUUAUUCAUGAUCUUGACAAAAAGCAUUCGACGUUUCAGAACGGCAUCGUGAAGAACGGCUGCCUCAACCCCGUAAACGACGAGAAAAAAGAGGCCAUACAAAUCAUCGGCGGGAACAUUGAAAAAGAGUUGGAGCCGAUCAGUGAGGAGAAAACACUCAACGAAACGAUGUCUGCCUGUUCAACUCAGACCAUUCAGCAGCAGUGUUCUAUGGCUGUGCAGACCUGUCUGCAUACAAAUGAGCUCAGUGUCCAGACAGAGUGUUCGUAUUUGAGGAAAGCCAAAAUACUGAACGAUUUGAUCAGCAGGAGAACCGACAGCUUGGAAGUAGUUGCGGCGUCGGUCACUCGCCCCGGUAAGAAACCAAGGAAAAGCCUAUUUUCGUAG